ACCGAUACGGCGGCUGCGCCCCUCGACAGUAGCGCCCGUGCGUAGGAAAUGGCGGCCGCGUAACCGAUACGCACGAAGCCGCUCUGGUGCCGCACGCGCGAGGAUAGUUUACGACACGGCGGAAAAGAUCGGACGGAGGUGCGACGACAAUGGCAAUGUCGAAUCUCUACUCGAAGAUCUCCACCAAGCCGAUGAAGCGCUUUCAAGACAACGUUGCUGUCAAGCAAACCAAUGCCUGGGUGAACGGUGAGACAGACAAAGAGAGGAGAAAAAUAUCGCUUUUGUGUAUAUGUCACGCGUAUGAAUGAGCGAGAGUUCGCUAUUUAUAUAUGUACAAUGUAUGCGCCCGCAGAAUGAAGCACCGCGAAAUGGUCAAUCGCGAUCUUACGAUUUUCCAAUCGUACGAACCACGUUGGAAGUAAAUAUUUGUAAAAUUAUUCAUACAGUAAACGUGUGUACAACAUCUCUGUCAAAUUCCUCUUAUUCUAAAUCCUGUUUUAAAAUUAUCCUAAAAUUACGUUUCUCCAAACGUGAUUUUUUAUUUUUUAUUUUAUUUUCUACCAAAAAUGAUCGUGUAAUAUUACUCCCUUGCGUGUCUUGCAUAAAAUAGAUUAAUAGAUGUUAUAAUUAUAUCGAUGAUGCUCCACAUAAUAAUUAAUAAAUGUUGAUUACCCGAUAAUGGAUGAGAUAAAAAUCAUCUUUUAUUUAUCUCAUGUGUUACAUUUGAAUGCAAAUAAAAAAAAAAAGACGAAUCGCUCAAGUUUGAUAAUUGAUCAAUAAUCCUCGAAAUGACUGUCUAUCAAUAUAUAUUCCACUGCAAGCAGAUCAAUUCAUUGUAAAUUUGUUUAUGUUUAUAAAUUUUUAUAUGUUUAUUAAUUUGUUGCCGUUUGUGCAAGUGCAGUCAUCAUAACUGUGAACAUACAGUGCGUAACGUCAUAUAGCUAUGAAACGAGAUGCAAAUUUCGUUGCUCGUGUUGCAAAUAUCAACGAAAGCUGCAUUAAUUUUUCAACUAUAGGAACACACGUGCUUUUAUCAUGUAUAUCUCUUUUUCUGUUUUUUGUAGCGUAUAUAUUUAUUUAUCCUUCUAUCUAUGCACGCACACCCCCCCACCACUCGUCCCCCCCCCACACACGCACAAACAAAAUAUCAUGGAAGUGCUUGCUCGAAGGAACACUCGUAACAAUUGAGAAUACAAAAAGAAGAACAUUAGCCAGAGAUCACAUAAAGUUGUGCUGGAUUGCGAUAUUAAGAAUCGUCGUUAUUUUCCAACGUCGGUGGCAUAAUGUACAUUCGAAGAAAUGAUUGAAAUGUGACGUUAAAAAUAAGUUUUUUUUUUUCGAUGCCUCUGAUUUGCUCGCGAAAAAGUGUAGUGGAUGUGUCGCGAGCACGUUAUUUGCUUUAACUGACGGAUAUGUUGAUCGGAAACUGCGUGCAAACAAUUUCAAAUCCGCGUGAACCCAACGUUCUUACAUAACCUUGUUUCCCUCUGCAACUGAGAGAGACUUGAAAGAAACUUGAAAGGGAAAUUAACAAUUACAAAGUAGUAGUGAAGAUACACGACGGUGCGUGAUGUACAAGAAAAGUACGAGGAAGAAGAUUACGAUUAUAAGAUCGGAAUCUCCAAGCAAUACAUCAGAUUCACCGCCCUCGGUGAGCCCACUCUCUUCAUCCAUCGUGUUACAACGUGAAGGGAUCGCAGUGAAUCAGCCACUAAGUGCUCCUGCAUCACCUCUGUCUUCCCUGUCAUCGCCUAUAACCCAGUUGAAUCUACCAUCACCCGGAGACUGCACCCAAGACCCUAACUGGCAAGCGACGAAGCCUACUGUUCGAGAACGAAACGCGGCCAUGUUCAACAAUCACCUCAUGGCUGAUAUUAUAUUCAUUGUUGGUAGUCCAGGUCACACACAAACCAUACCAGCACACAAAUACGUCCUCGCUACUGGUAGCUCUGUAUUUUAUGCCAUGUUUUAUGGGGGAUUGCCGGAAAAUAAAAGAGACAUAGAAGUGCCUGAUGUCGAGCCAGCCGCCUUUCUCGCGCUGCUGAGGUACAUGUAUUGCGACGAAGUGCAACUGGAAGCGGACACAGUUCUGGCGACGCUGUACGUUGCGAAAAAAUAUAUAGUCCCGCACUUAGCACGCGCGUGCGUCAAUUAUUUGGAAACGAGUCUAACGGCGAAGAACGCGUGCUUGCUUCUGAGUCAGUCUCGAUUGUUCGAAGAACCGAAUCUCAUGCAACGUUGCUGGGAGGUAAUCGACGCACAAGCAGAAAUGGCACUAAGAUCUGAUGGUUUUGUGGACAUUGACAUUCAUACACUCGAAUCCGUCUUAUCUCGGGAAACGCUAAACUGCAAAGAAAUCCAUAUAUGGGAGGCUGCGUUACGAUGGGCUUCCGCGGAAUGUAUACGACAAGACCUCGAGCCUUCCUCCGCCAAUCAAAGACGACUGUUAGGACCUGCCUUGUAUUUAAUUAGACUUCCUGCUAUGAAUCUGGAAGAGUUCGCGAAUAGUGCAGCGCAGACAGGAAUUCUGACACAUCAGGAGACAAUUGAUUUGUUUCUGCACUUCACAGCUAGCAACAAACCACAACUUUGUUUUCCUACCAAAUCACGUCAAGGAUUAAAAACUCAGGUUUGCCAUAGAUUUCAAUCUUGCGCGUACAGGUCGAAUCAGUGGCGAUACAGAGGCCGUUGUGACUCGAUUCAGUUCAGCGUCGACAAGAGAAUAUUUGUCGUGGGUUUUGGACUCUACGGAAGUUCAUCCGGUGCUGCGGAUUAUAACGUUAAGAUCGAGCUGAAGAGGCUCGGCAACAUUCUAGCGGAGAACAACACGAAAUUCUUCUCCGACGGCUCGAGUAACACGUUUCACGUGUACUUUGAAAAUCCAAUACAAAUCGAGCCGGAAUGCUCGUACACGGCUAGUGCGAUAUUGGACGGCGGGGAACUGAGUUUCUUCGGUCAAGAAGGUAUGUCGGAGGCGACAGUCGGUAGCGUGAACUUUCAGUUUCAAUGCAGUUCGGAGAGCACCAACGGGACCGGCGUUCAAGGUGGACAGAUCCCCGAAUUAAUUUUCUACGGACCGCCGUCCGACGAUUGAUGGAAAAGCACAGCGGAGCUUACGGUUUAAUCAUACGAUCACCGAUACGCAACAAAGCAUUAGCACACAGGUCGGCAUAACGAAAGUUAUCGCGUCUUGAAACGUGAGGGAAUUUAUAUUCCAGUGAACCGUAAUAAUCAGAAUAUUCGAACUUCAAAUUGAAACAUUUUAUAUUUGGGCAUGUCCAAAUUACGAAUAAAAAUGCUAUUGCGAAAUUCUGAAGAACAGUUAAAGACGAACAAAAAAUUGCGUGUAAUGUUUUUUUUUUAAAUGCUAUUGACAAGUUUAUUAAAGCUGUUUUCGAUUGUAGAUAUAUUUAAUUUAAAAUACUUCAGCAUAAUUAUUAUUUCUAACGAUAUAAAUAUUAAUCGUGUUUGAUUUAAUAUCUUGUAUAUUUCUGUUAAUUGAUGCUUGAUCAACUCCUUGUGUUGGCAUUUAAUUAGCAGCUAUGUGAGACAUGUAUCCACUUAAGGUUGAUGCUCAGAAAAAAUGGAAGUGACUUGUAACUCGAUUUUCUCUGUAAACUAUUCGUCAGACAGUUUAUAAAAUAUAUCGAAAAUACUAACGUUAUUAAUACCCAUUCUGUGUGUGUGUGUGAAUGUGUGAGACAUACUUGACUCUUUGGCUUACGUUUUAUUAAACGGUUUUUGAGUAACAGGUGUUUUACUAAAGGUAAAAAAUGUACGUGAGAGACGAAAUCGCAACGCAAGGAGUUUAAUAGGCUCGUUGAUUGAUAUUUGUAUAUAUUCAUUUAAGUGCAAAAUUGAAAAUGUACGUGUGAAAUUCUAUGUACUAUCUUGUUAUUAUCGAUUGUAAAUUCUACACGAUAUGUGAUUAAAGCGUAGUUCUAAAAGUUCGUUUAAAUCCAAAGGACGUUACCAAAUUUAGAUACGUAUUUAAAUAUUUUAGAUACCUACAUGCAAUAUAUGCCGAUAGAAAUCGUUCAGAAAUCAUAUUUUCUUAGAUAACAAACACAUCACACAUACAUAUACACACAAAAAUUACACGAUUUGAAAAGAAUAAUAUAUAUAUAUAUAUUGUUUAUGUAAAUUCUAUUUAUAACUUUAAAGAAAUGUCCAAAAUGUCUUUCUAGAGCAUAAGCUGUAGUCUCAUUCAUGAAGCUACAAUUUUGAAGCAACCUUCGAUUCGUAUCACAUAUUUAAAUUUCCUUUCAUGUCGAAAAAAAAGAGUAACGAUUACUUAAAAAUUGUAAAUAUAUGAAAUAAUAAUGUAAUGUAAAGAGAAGAGAUAUGUCUUGGAAAUACAAGAAUGCGUGCUAUAAAUAAUUUAUGAUAUAUUGCUUAUGUAAAGAUGUAACCAUUGGCUGCGUUCGGUUUGCACGCUUUCGCACUGUCAGCUCUUGUAAGAUUUUGUGAGCGCUUACAGAGAUCAUGUAUGACGUCAUUAUAACGUCAUUAAUGCGCUUAUUUCGUCGAGAUAGUACGAGAAAAGCGCGAGUGUUUUUACUCAAAGCGGACAUCCAAAAGCGACAGUAAACAAAUUUUAAUGACCACAAAUCCGUUUCACUUAAUUGGAAAGAUAUAGAAACAAACAAAGGCUAAAGUAAAACGAUCACAAAUAAAAUAUUAAUUUUGUUUAUUUAUAUUAAUAUUUAUAUUAAUUUUCUCGGUUAGAUUAUAUUAUACUUGUCUGGGAAUGUUAUUUCUGACAGAAAAGAAAAUAGAAAAAAUAAAUAUUUAUGGUAUGUUACUGAUUCGCAAUGUAUGUCGAAACAAAGCCAUUAUAUAGGAUUAUAACAAAUCGGACAAUAAAACAAGAACAACGUUGGAA